AUGGCGGUGCAGUCUGGUCUGAGCAGAAAGAAGAAGCGUCGCAUUAGCUCAGGGGAAAACCAACAGGCAGAGCGGUCUGUACCCAACCAGAGCGAGAGCAGUGCUCAGCAAGACCUGGCUAGCAUGCAGAGAACCGAAGCCAAAGCAGGGCCAGCCAUGGAUGGCAAAGGAAAAAGAAGAAAAAUGCGAAGGACGGCGUCGCAGGGCCUGUCUGCAAUCCAUCCACGCGAACCUAGCUACGGCAGUCCCCUUCUCCACCAGCGCGCGACCCGCCGUCUCGUCUCGACACCCCAUUCGCCGGCGCGAGCGGGAAGCUGGGCCUGA